CAUUUUCUAUGAAGCAAAAAAACGGAACAAAUAAUGUGGCUUGUUUAGGAAUAAUAAUCCUGAUUUUAGAAUUUUUCUCUCAAAACUUUUUUUAAGGGCUGGGGUCUAUUAAGAUCAUAACAUGGUGUAAAGGAUUGACCUUGCACCAGCUAUCAUCAACAGCCCAGCAAACACUUACCUAAGCUAGCUUAACUCCUUACACAUUAAUUCAUUGAUUACCGAAAGAAAAAUGGAGUCCUACAGAACAAAAAUCAAUGUACUCAUUGUCCUCAUUCUCUUUGUAUUAGCUGCAGUAGGGACAGCAACCAACUCUCCAAGAAGGAAACUCGGAAAUAAGAGAUACAAAGGCCCGUGUAUGGCCGUGAAUUCUAUUGACAAGUGCUGGAGAUGCGACCCUAACUGGGAGAAAGAUCGCCAGAAAAUGGCCCAUUGUGCAUUGGGCUUCGGCAUCAUUGCCAUGGGAGGAAAGUCGGGCCCAUACUACAUUGUCACCGAUAAUUCUGACGAUGAUGUUAUCGAUCCUAAGCCCGGAACUCUGCGAUAUGGUGUGAUCCAAAAGGGUCCCUUGUGGAUCAUAUUUGCCAAAAGCAUGAGAAUUAAAUUGAGAAGGGAACUUAUCGUGAGUAGCCAUAAAACAAUCGAUGGCCGUGGAAGAUACGUUCACAUAACAAAUGGAGCUGGCAUUAAGAUACAAUGUGCAUCCAAUGUCAUCAUCUCUAACCUCCGUAUUAAAAAUAUUGUACCUACCCCAGGUGGCCUGCUUAGGGAAUCCGAUGACCACCUUGGCCUAAGGAGCGGAGAUGAAGGUGAUGCCAUCAGUAUCUUCAACUCUCAUGACAUAUGGAUUGACCAUAUCUCUAUGUCCCAUGCUGCCGAUGGUCUUAUCGACGCUGUUGCUGGUUCUACUAAUAUUACCAUAUCCAAUUGCCACUUCACUGACCAUGAAAAAGUAAUGUUGUUCGGUGCUAACGAUCAUUACGAAGCUGACAAGGACAUGAAGAUUACAUUAGCGUACAACCAUUUCGGAAAGAGGUUGGAUCAAAGGAUGCCUAGGUGCAGGUUUGGAUUUUUCCAUCUGGUGAACAAUGACUACACUCACUGGGAAAGGUACGCUAUUGGAGGAAGCAGUAGAGCCACCAUCAUCAGCCAGGGCAAUAGGUUUAUUGCUAAUGAUAAAUUGUUGAUGAAAGAGGUGACAUAUAGAGAAAAAAGUACAGCGAGUGUGGAAGAAUGGAUGAAAUGGACUUGGAUAUCACAAGGAGAUGAUUUGGAAAAUGGUGCUACAUUUACACCAUCUGGUGACCAGAAUUUACUCGAAAAAAUUGACCAUCUAAAUUUGAUUCAACCAGAACCAUCUUCUAAAGUUGGAAUACUAACUAGGUUUUCAGGUGCUCUGGCUUGCAAAGUUGGACGCCCAUGCUAAAAGCAUUUUUAUCAGUGAGGCCCAAAUAAAAGCAAAGAGGAUUAUUAUGUUUUCUGGUUAUCUUUACGUUUCGUCUUUCUUUUGUUAAUUGGGGUGACAAAGAGGAUUAUUAUAUAUGUUCCAUUUCUUGCUU